AUGGAACCAACCAAAGAAGAGGCCCUUAGAGCUAAAGAAAAUGCCGAGAAGCUAUUUGCGGUGAAAAACUUUGCUGGGGCAAAGGAUUAUGCUUUAAAGGCUCAAAAGUUGUGCCCUGAACUGGAGGGUAUAUCUCAAAUGGUAGCCACAUUUGAAAUUUAUACUGCUUCUGAGGUGAAAAUUAAUGGAGAAAUAGAUUUCUAUUCUAUUCUUGGAUUGAAGCCAUCUGCAGACAAAGCUAUGUUGAAGAAACAGUACAGAAAGAUGGCCGUUUUGCUCCACCCUGAUAAGAACAAAACUGUGGGAGCUGAUGGGGCAUUCAAGCUUGUCUCUGAUGCAUGGACUUUGUUGUCUGAUUCUAACAAAAGAAGCACGUACGAUCUCAAAAGAAACAUGAAUUUGUCAUCAGGUGUUUUCCAGACAAACUUAUCUUCAGUUCAAAGUGCUGGGGUUACUGGAUUAGACAAUUUUUCCAUAUCUUCAGCCUCUCGCAAUAAACUUGACACUUUUUGGACUGUGUGCACCUCUUGUCAUGUGCAGUAUGAAUAUCUUCGGAAGUACAUCAAUAAAAGACUUUCCUGUAAGAACUGCCGUGGUGUUUUCAUUGCCGUUGAUACAGGAGCAGCCCCAAUAAAUGGCUCUUUCCCGUAUUGUGCUUGGUCAAAUGUGCCUGAUGAUCAGUAUAGAAGUCAUGGAUAUGGAGUUACAUAUGUCCCAACUACUUCUGUAUACUUCACGGGAAAUGGAGUCUCAGGACUUCAUUCUGGACAUGGAUCUGAGUAUGCUUCUAAUGCAUCACUUCAUUGGAGCUCGUUUCCUGGAGCCCCUACUGGAGUUUUGGAUCCUAAUGGAUUAUCAACGUCUGCUGAUCUUAUUCAUUUGACAAAUGGAAAAGUCCAAUCAAGAAAAGCCAAUGGAAAACAUCAUAUGAAAAAUGCUGGUGGUGAUGUGUGUUCCAUUGGGUAUAGUGUGUAUCAUGAACCACCGGUCCUCAAGGCCAGUAGAUCCACUAAGAAAAGGAAGGUUGAGCUGGGAAGCACUUGUCGUCAUGGAAAUGAAGAAACCGCUUCCAGAACUGCCCCAGAAGUGGGAGUGGUUAAUGGAAAUGGAAUUAUCAAACAGAGUAGUCAGCUUUCCACUGGUGAAAUUUUGGCCAGACGCUGCUCUGCUGCCACUGCAUUUGAUGCUAGAAAAUUAUUAAUUGACAAGGCGAGAACAGAAAUUCGUAAGAAACUGGAAGAAAUGAAGUUGGCUUCAGCUGCAGCAGCUGCUGUCGCUGCAGUGGCUGAGAAUAACAAAAAAGCACAUAUUGAAGUCACUCAAUCCAGUGAGGCACCUAAAAGAGCAGGUUUGAGUGAUCCUAGUCUUCAACCAGAGCUGCAGAAAACUGGGUCGGUGUCAAUAGUAGUCCCUGACUCAGACUUCCAUGAUUUUGACAAGGAUAGAUCAGAGGAAUGCUUCAAGCCUAGGCAAAUAUGGGCUCUCUAUGAUGAAGAAGAUGGUAUGCCUCGCUUGUAUUGUCUGAUCCGUGAGGUCAUCUCAGCAAAACCAUUUAAAAUUCAUAUCAGUUACUUGAACUCAAAAACUGAUGGUGAAUUUGGGCCCGUCAAUUGGGUGGAUUCAAGGUUUACGAAAGGUUGUGGAAAUUUCAGGGCAUACAACUCCGAAAUUGUUGACCAAGUUAAUAUCUUCUCUCAUCUUUUGAGCCGGGAGAAAGCUGGCAGGGGUGGCUGUAUUAGAAUCUACCCAAAAAGUGGGGACAUAUGGGCUGUAUAUCGGAAUUGGUCACCAGAUUGGAACAGAAAAACCCCGCAUGAAGUUAGACACCAGUAUGAGAUGGUGGAAGUUCUUGAUGAUUAUUCUGAAGAGCUUGGUGUAUGUGUUACUCCUUUGAUUAAAUUAGAUGGAUACAAGACAGUGUAUCAGCGUAACACGAAUAAAGAUGCCAUUCGUUGGAUUCCAAGAAGAGAGAUGUUACGGUUUUCACACCAGGUGCCAUCUUGCUAUCUGAGAGGAGAAGCCAUGAAGCUGCCUGGGGGUUGUUGGGAUCUAGACCCUGCUGCAACUCCAGACGAGCUUCUCCAGGCUGUAACUGAAGUACAGGCCAAAGAAAAGCCUAGUGAUGCAGAAAACACUGUUGGAACUCCAGAUUUGCAUCUUCAGGAUAUAACUGAAGGAAAGCCUGGUCAAUCAAAAACUAUUCUGGACCUCGAGAUGAGCUUCACAAGGCUGAAACCAAGACACAAGUACAGGCCAAAGAAAAGCCUAGUGAUGCAGAAAACACUGUUGGAACUCCAGGAUAUAACUGAAGGAAAGCCUGGUCAAUCAAAAACUAUUCUGGACCUCGAGAUGAGCUUCACAAGGCUGAAACCAAGACACAAGAAUACCACUGCAACUCCAGAUGAUUGUUUUCCGACUGUAACAGAAGUACAGGGCGAAGAAAUGCCUAGCCAAGGAGAAAAAAAUGGUUCUGCUGUUUUAGAUGGAUAUAAAACUUCUGUCAAUGCAACGUGGAAACCGGUGAGCAGCCGGCUUGGUGGAUUUCACCUAGCUAAUUACCGCGCUGACAAAAUUCAUGUUGGCAUUGUGUUUUCACUUAGCAGGACCUCUGCAGAAUCUUUGGUUGCAUACUCUGAAGGCAACAGCUUCAGUCUGCAUAUAAAUGAAGCUUUGCUAUGA